CCCGUGGCAACAGUAAAGUGGGUUGUGUCAGCCCUGUAAAUCCCUGGGUGUGGAUAAAGACUAAGAGAAACACAUUAGAAAAUGGGCUGACGAUCAGAACACCACAGAAACAUUCCCUCAAAGUCUAUGAUGGUGGUCAAAAUCUUGGACAUCUUCGGAGAGCAGAUGUUUUGGUGAUUUAAGAAUUGUGCUGCUUUACCUACUGUCCCGGACGUUUAAGUCCAGAGGCCUCCGCAUGGAUCGAGGGCACUCUGCAUGGUUUCCAAGGCCAAGAUCCUGGUUACAAAGACCAACAUCCUGUUUCCAGAGGCGAUCCCUCAGAGCAUCCGCAGACCCCACCUCUUCAGAUGAUGUCUACACCAGUUGCCUUUACGCCCAGGGCUUCCGCUGCACUCUGCAGCAGAGGCCCAGCUGCAGCAGUGCCAGGUUGACUCCCAAGAGCAAUGCCAGAGGAACGGGAGGGAGGCCAGUGAGCAGUGCUCUGGGUAGACUGGAGAACAGCCCAGGGAGGGGGACCAGAGCCAUGAGCAGACCAGUUACUGCACCCGGGGGAGGAGGAAGGCGCAGAGACCCGGGCCAGAGACCUGGAGCUCAAAUCAGGGACAGGACAGAAUGUCCCAGAGUGCCCUGCAAUGCCAAACAUGACAACACACAUAGACAGCAGCAGGACACAUGGAGGGGGAGGAGGCCUUUCUCAACAUCAUCCACACUGCAUCUUUAUCUGCCCUCUUCAUCAUACUAUGAGGAUGAAGAGGAGGAGACGUAUAUAGAGAAGGAGGAUGUGAGGCCAACAAUAGAAAACAACGGCCUACAAGACACCACAGAAAUGAUCAGAACACCGACCCCUUCAGAAAAUGUCACAAUGCUGAACCCUAACAAUAAUACCAGUCUACAACAGGAUCAUAAAGAAACCGUCCAAAUACAGGAGGCCCCUACAUUAAACCCCAGUCUACAGGGCCCCUCAGAGGACAUCAUCAGGCCACAGGUCCCUACAGAAGACAUCAACUCAAUGGAGCCCACUGACAAUCCCAGGUUUCAGGGGAUAACACAUUACAGAACAACUGGCCUUGUGGUCCCAAAGCAGAGAGCUCAUGGAUAUGACAUGGAACAGCAACAGGAAUGCAUCCCUCUCCAGAUAAUGCCAGCAGCUGUUCAAGGGAGGGCCCCUACAUCUGUUAGGCAGCAUGUGAACAGACUCCCCAAAAUAAAAACCACCAAGACCUUUGUGUGGGGCCUUUCUGGACCCCAGGAGAUUAAGAGUGUGUUUGUUCUGCAGAGGCAUAUUGGCAGAUACACAAAUCAGACAUGAGAACAUUCAUACUGCCAUUCACAUUGAAUCCCAUGUCAAUCCAUAUCUUGGGUUAUCUUACUUGCCAGUGAGACCCGAUUAAUAUCCAAACAUAAGAAACACAAAGUAAAAACACAAUCUCACAUAACCUGAUCCAAGGAAAUGCCAGAAGCAAAGAUGAUAUUGUGAUCUUACUUCCAGUUCAGAAAAGGCAAAUAUGUGUGUUGGUCUCUUUGGGUGAAAGAGAAUGUGGUUUCCUAAUGAAAAACAUGCAUGUAUAUUACACAUUUAACUCUGGGCUAAAAAUACCUCAUAUGAGAUAUCAAAGUAGACAGAUAGGAUUUGUGUUCAUGUCAAGACUGGGUUCUUCAAUUGUCCAGAUCAUUUUAGACAUAAUAGCAAUAACAUUACACUAAUGGUGCAGUGAAUACAGAACUGAAAC